AUGGUUGACUCCCCAGCUGACAGAGAAAGAAUAAAAAAUAUUAAGGGUAUAGCUGUUAAGCAUUUUGCUGCAAAAUAGAAUGCACAAGCUAUUUUCAUUCUAGAGAAGUUGCUAGCUUUCGCUCCUAAAGAUGAUGAAAUUUAUCAAAUGAUAGCUUAAAACUAUUCUGAUUAAGAUAUGAACGAAGAAGCCAUUCAUACCUUAUAAGAAGCUAUUAAAAAGAUAGGACCUACUAAGCGUCUCAAUUAUAGUCUUUGUGUCUUGCUAAAAGAUGACGAUUACAACCAAGAUUAGUUCAAAAAGUAUCUUUAAUAGCUACUUUAGUUAGAUCCAAAUGAUAUAGAUACUCUCUUCUUGUAAGCGAGUGUGAUGUAAUAAGAAAAUUAGCUUCUUUAAGCAAUUGAAGUAUACAAAAAAAUUCAUAGUUUGGACAAGAACUGUCAUGUUUCUCUUAGAAACAUAGCCAUGAACUAUAAGACUUUAGGUAAAUAUGCAGAAGCCCUUGAGUAUGCUUAAAAAUCUCUUAGUGUCUGCAAAGAAGACCACCUUGCAACAGUAAUAAAGGCUAAGUGCAUGAUCGCACUAAACCAAGAUGUUUAAGCUGCCCAAAAGCUACUAGAUGACGCUGAAACAUAUGUUGCUAACAGUCCUUCAAUAAAAAAUAAAAACAAUCUUAGAAAUUCUUAAACAACUUUGAUAUCUGAGCUUAAAUAAUAAAAACUUUCAUUUAGUGUGUGA